GUGCGGGGUCUCGGGGGGGCGGUGCGGGGCGGUGCGCGGCGGCUCCUUUUUAUAGGGGCGCUGCGGGGCGCGGGGGGCAGCGCUGCGCCAUGGAGUACGGGGAGCUGGACUACUACUACGAGGAGGAGGAGGGCAACGAGACGGGGGAGGCGUGCGAGUGGCAGGCGGACUGGGAGGCGUCCUUCUCGCUGCUGCCCGCUCUCUACACGCUGGUCUUCGUGCUGGGGCUCUCCGGCAACGGGCUGGUGCUGCUGACGGUGUGGCGAGGCCCGCGGGCCAAACGCCGCUCCGCCGACGCUUACAUCGGCAACCUGGCCCUGGCAGACCUCGCCUUCGUGGCCACCCUGCCCCUUUGGGCCGCCUACACGGCGCUGCGCUUCCACUGGCCCUUCGGGGCGGCUCUCUGCAAGCUCAGCAGCUACCUGGUGCUGCUCAACAUGUUCGCCUCCGCCUUCUGCCUGGGGGGGCUCAGCGCCGAGCGCUACCGAGCCGUCACCCGAGCCGCUCCUCCGCAUCCCCGCAGCGCAGCCGCUCCCCGGCGCUCCGCCGCCGGCUCCUCCGCUCCCCUGGGCCCUUUGGCCGCGCUCUGGGCGGCGGCGGCGGCUGCGGCGCUCCCCGCGCUGCUGCUGCGGGAGGCGCGGGGGGGGCCCCGCAAUCGGACGCUCUGCGACCUGCAGCUGGGCGGGGGGGCGGCGAGGGCGGCGGCGGCGCUCAGCUUGGGCACGACGGCGCUGGGCUUCGCGGCGCCGCUGCUGCUGAUGGCCGUCUGCUACUGCUGCGUGGGGGCCGCCGUCCGCCGCCACCUGCGCCCCCGCCGAGCCGAAGCGGCGGCCCGGAGGAGGUUGCUGCGCUUGAUCGCCGCGCUGGUGGCCGUCUUCGCAGGGUGCUGGUUGCCUUUUCACCUGCUGAAGAGCCUCUUCGUGCUGGCCGCCGCCGGGCUGCUGGAGCUGCCGUGCGCUCUGCUCGGCCUCAUCUCGCGGCUGCAUCCCUACGCCACCUGCCUCGCCUACCUCAACAGCUGCCUCAACCCCUUGCUCUACGCCUUCCUCGACGGCCGCUUCCGAGCCCAGUGCCGCCUGCUGCUGGGGCUGCGCGGGGCUCGCCGCCCACCCGCUGCCUCCGCCGCCGCCGCCGCCUCGUCCACGCUCAGCGCCCCGACCCAGCGCUCCGAGGUGCCGUCGGGGGGCACCAAGGUGUAGCGGCCCCAAUAAACGCCCGUUCCGCCGUCCUA